AUGGACCCGCGGGAUGCAGGACACUAUUACCGCCCACUGCCCCCUCAGUUCCGCGCGCCCGAAUUCCGCGCGCCCGGCCUCAUGACGCCCGACGGCACCUACAUCCCGUCGGGGAGGGUCCACCCACAUUUCUACGAGGAUUUCGGCCAGGCAGCUGCAUUCGCCGACGUGCCUCAAGGCAUGCCGUACGCCGGCUUCGAGGCGGCUGCCCCGCCUGCUCGUAGGAUGCCUGGGACAGCCGGCGCGCAGACAGCCGGCGCAACAAAUGCCAUUCUAGGGGAGGAUGUUAGAGACAUAACAUGUGAUGCAAAGGACUUGAAGCCUCAUGGAGGAGGGUCGGUGUACCAUCUGCGUACCAUCUUAGGAUGGUGGCGGGGAGGGCACCUAGAUGGCGAUGGGAUGCCCCUAUAUCCUAUUUGGGUUACAGUGGAGGGGAUCCUCGAGGAGGGAUCCCCUCAGACCCAUUUCGCACCACCCCUAAGGGGGUCUUCUUGA